AUGUUCACAUCAUAUAUUAUCAUAUUUUCAAUUAUCUCCGGUCUUGUAUUAACUAAACCUAUACAAGAAAAAGUAACGGAUGACAUCGAUGUACAAGAUAGAACAAUCAGUCAAGCAUUUCAACAAGCUGAUAUGGUUCUUAAUCGUUAUUCUUAUUUAAUGAAAUCAGACACAGAUCAACUUGUUCAUGCUAUGUUACUUGUUUUAAUCAAUAAUCCAACAUCAUUUCCAUAUAUACCACAUCGUGCAUUAAGCAUAGUAAUGAAAAAUGUAGCACAAAAAUUAGGUCAAGAUGAUGUGGAUAUAUUAACAAAACCAUUUCUUUUAUCUAUUGAAGAGCUUGCUUCAAACAAAUUUAAACAAAUACCAUCAUCAUCAUCAUCAUCAUCACCACCAUCAUCAUAUGAAUUAACUGAUGAUGUUAAAAUUCAAAUAGAAGAUGCAUUGGAUAAAUUUAUUCAAGAUCAAGAAAAUACGUCCCAUAUGUAG